UAUCUAAACUAUAGGGUUGAUAAAUGCUUGAGAGAAAUUGGGAAAAUUGAAGGAAAAGUGUGGAAUACCUCGACUGCCAUUUGCAUUUCUUCUUGUGCGAAUAAUUGAACGACUAACCUCUCUUUAGCUUCAGAAUAAGUUUUUCACGUGUAGAAAUCGAAUAUCUCCGUUAUUAUUAUUAAUUCAGCAAAAUUUUGCAAUAUUUUUUCUGCUAAUGGUAUUUUGUGUGAAAAAAAUAGUGAGUGAAAAUCUGAGUGUGGGAAGAAAUUAUUUCCAAUUGGUUACUGUCUUUUUCGUAAUUCAUUCAUUGAUUGAGCCAUUUUUUUUUGGCGGGAAACCCGAUACAGAGAUUCAAAAGUAGGUGCCCACCUAGCGAUCAUCUCUAUAGACGUUAUACCCUCUCCUCGUUGGCGGUAUAUUUCGAUAUAUGCAUUUUGUAUUUUGUUGCCUGGAGAGCUGAAGAAAAAUGCAUAAUUCUCACCCUACGUUAGGAAGUCGAUCCCAAGGAUGCAAGGAUUUUUCGAAACCAGAAUUUACUACCGUUCGCUUCUACCUGGGGUUCUUUUCACCCCCAACCACCCUACAGAAUUAUAAAACGUAGAAUGAGACCAGUAUAAGAGGAAGGCAUAAUGGAUUCAGAACAGCAGUUGCCCGCCACCCGCCGGAGCAUCUACGUCGUCUCGUCGUUAAAAAAGUGAAUACAGCUCAAAAGUUAUUAACAACCCCAACCAUCACAGGGAGGUGAAUUCACAAGGAGAAAUAGAUUCAUGGGGUGGAUUGCGUUCGAUUGGCAUAAAGUGGUGCUCACUACCCCGAAAGAAGAGAAACGUAUCUGUGCAGUAUCACCAAACGAUAUUCAGCAAUUCUGUUAAUUUGAGAGUAAACAUCAACGAAAAAAAUUGGUAGUAGAAAUUCCCCCGAAUCGCACUGCAUAAUUUCAUUGAAAAAUCCCCGGACAUUGACCGAUAAAAAAUAAUCAACGAUAUGAAUUUCUGGAUAAAUAUUUUCCUCCGGUUUGUAACAUCAAAGGAUGGAUACGAAUUUGAAAUUGAAAGAACAUUGACUACGAUGUGAAUUGACUGAAAUUUGACUGCGAUAUUAUCGAGAUGGGAAGUAAUGAUAAUAUAACAGAUAACGAUAAUGACACGUGCACGAACGAUUACUGCAUAAGCGAUGAGGCAUAUAUCGAUCUUAUUGCGGAUUAUCUGACACCCCGGGGAUGGAAUUUAGCCCUCAUUGGUAUACAUGCAACCGUCUUCAUUGGGGGAAUCAUCGGCAACUCUUUGGUAUGUGCCGCUGUUUGCCGGAAUUAUACAAUGAGGAGUGUCACUAAUUACUACAUUGUUAAUUUGGCAAUUGCGGACUUGAUGGUCAUCAUUAUUUGUCUACCACCCACUGUUCUAUGGGACGUGACAGAGACGUGGUUCCUGGGUAACUCUUUCUGCAAAAUCAUCCCUUAUUUCCAGACUGUUUCUGUUAGUGUCAGCAUCCUCACCCUUACCUUCAUAUCGAUAGACAGGUGGUACGCAAUAUGCUCUCCGCUGAAGUUUAAAUCCACGACACAGCGGGCAAGAAGAAACAUCUUAAUUACCUGGAUAUUUUCACUAAUAUUCGAUAUUCCUGAUCUCAUUGUGCUCCAGACCGCCCCUGCGCCCCAUCUACGGGUUAAAACUAUUUUUUACACCCAGUGCACGGUGUCGUGGAGUCAACAAAACGAAAGAAUAUUUGCGCUGAUAAAAUUUGUUCUCUUGUAUUGCGGUCCUCUCCUAUUCAUGACAUUCACAUAUUGUCGUAUUAUCCGGGUUCUAUGGAAAAGUAGAGUACCAGGACACCAGGUGAUGAGAAGUACUUCAUUACUAGCUGAGUCAACUUCAGUACAUGAAAAUUGUGCCAGCCGAUUGGCCUCUAGGCGAAAAGCUGCAAAAAUGCUCAUCGUCGUAGUGCUGGUCUUCGGUCUUUGUUAUCUCCCCAUUUACAUUCUCAUUGUGCUCAGGCAAACGAUUGGACUCGCCUCAAACGAAACAAAUGUAACUUGGAGCCUGAUGGCCCAUUGGUUGUGUUAUGCAAAUAGCGCAAUAAAUCCCGUUAUUUACAAUUUUAUGAGUGAAAAAUUUCGACAGGAAUUUCGACGCUCUUUCCGGUGCAGUCCAAAAGGUUCUAAUGAUCGUAGAAUGCACAAUUACUCUCCCCCAUACUGCUCUCCACUAUCUCGAUCUCAACCCUACCGGAAUGAGCCAAUUGAGUUGAAUUUCCAAACUUUACAAGGCACCAGUGAAAUCAUCCCUCUCAACAUGUGCCUCAAUCGAUUUCGAUAGAUCAAAAAAAGACGACAGGGGAUAGGAAAACCCAUAGGAGUGAGAAAUAUGAUAAAAUCAAAUAAAUUAAUUAAAUUCAUUGCAUUGAUGGCAGUUGGGAGAAAAGUGAGAGAGCUUAUAAUAAAGUCAAUAUGUAAAUUAAAAUAUAUGAAAAAGGCCGUACAUAUCUGGGAUUAAAAAAAUGUGUAAAAAUAUAUUAUCCAUUAAUCUAUAAGUGUGAUGCAACCACAGGUAUAAAUUAUUUUGCGGAGCAAGGGAACAUAAAAAUAAAUACACUGUAAAUAUUUUGUAUGCACGUUUCUAUAUUUCAUGGCUCUCUGCCAUUUUCUCUGAUGCUCAUAAUUUUUAGUAUCAUCGAUACACUUUCAGCAAUACUUGCAUAUUAACUAGGCAAUAUAAAAGAUUCACCAGUUCUAUUUUAUACGCUGAUAAAUUAUUAUUCAAUCAACGUUAUUUAUACAUGAAUAAUCCAUUUCACCUUUCGUCUCGCCGAGUGCGUAACUUAAACAUCAACAAUUGGUAAAUAAAUGAGCGAUUUUUUUCGCAACUGUAUGCAAAGCUUGAUCUAAGAAAAAAGUCUGUUAAAAAUUUCUUGCAGUGAGCUCUGAUGCUUUUAAUUAUCUAGGCGUGUUAAAUAAUAGCUAUAGAAUACAAUUAUUAGUCAUUUGUACAACCAAGAUAAUUCGCUCUAUGUAAUUAUAUCGCCAUGGGCACGUACAAAAGGAAGAAAAAAAAUAAUGAUUUUAUGCAGCAUAAGAGAACUUCCCUCAAGUAAUGCUGGAUCACCAUUUAAUUAUUGAUUUUUUUACCAAAAAUGACUCGGAUAAUUUUUUAUGUACACCAAUAAAUACCAAUGUUAUUA